AUGUACUUGUUAUCAAUACUUGAUUUUCAUCAUAAUUCAGUUGAGAAACAUAAAGUUGAAAAAGUUGAACCAAUAUUGAAAUACUUCAAUGAACGAUGUAAACUGAUUGUUAAACCAGAGAAAAAUCUUUCAAUUGAUGACCAAAUGGUAGCUUAUAAGGGAACAACAGCACCAACAUCUUUUCGGCAAUAUAUGCCACAGAAACCUGCUAAAAGAGGUUUUAAAGUCUGGACUAGAUGUGGAGUAUCAGCUUUUGCGUAUGAAAUGUUCUUACAUCAUGGUAAACCAAAAUUUGUUUCUAUUGAACCGUCAUUACCUGAUUCAUCAUUGAAACUUGCUUCACGUAGAAAAACAACAGCAUCAAAAAAUACUAUAUUAAUUGAUACACAUCGUGAAACACUUCUUAAAUAA